UCGAUAUACAAAUAGUUCUAUGCCGCUUAUCGAUUGUCAGACGUGAAAGGCAUUUGCCAUUAAAAGUUGAAGUAUUUUGUUAAGUUGUGCAGCGCAAACAAAAUACAAUGACUAGCUGCGUGCAGCAGCAAAAGGAUCAGGAACAAUUGCUGGAACAGCUAAAUGCCAGCGAUGACGAACAGGAUGACGGAGGUGACAUGGACGAGGACCAGGACAAGGACAAACAAAUUCUGCUAACAGAAGAAACUUUUAGCUUUUCGAACAGCAAUGCAUGCUGGGUGUGCAAUGGUUAUUACGGACCCAAUUUCGGUGAACCACUUUGCGGCGCUUGUCAUGCAUUUUUGUAUAACGCACAAAGGGCUGAAGACCUGCUCACAGAAUUGUCUGACGACGAGGAUUCGGGCAACGAUGAGCCGCCGUUCAAGGACAAGCAGGAGGAUGACGAGACCGAAAAUGACGCAGACAUAAUGGGCUUUGAGGAUCUUGAGGAGCCAGCUGCUCAACAGCAACAGCAGCCACAGCAACCGCAACAGCAGGUGAACAAUGAAGCAGAGCAGGAGCAGCACGAGCAAGAGCAACCUGCACAACAACAGCAGCAGCUGUUGCAGCAGCCAGAGCAACAACUGGAAGCCCCAGCAGAUCGCCGUGGCACACCGGAACGUGACUUCGAACAUGAACGUGCAGUGAAUCCAUUUCUAUUGCCCAUCAAAAGGCCACGCCCAGCUGCCCCGCUCGCCUUGCCCCAUUAUAUGCAAGAGCUGGCGGAUGGCCGUGAACGUGCCCAUGAAUAUAAUGGCAACGAGAACAAUAACAACAACAAAAGUAAUAACAUCACACAGCUAAUACCCGUUGAGGUGAUGCUGAAGAUCUUUGCGUAUCUGGAUGACAUGUCACUGUGGAUGGCCAGCGAGGUGUGCAAGCAAUGGCAUGAGAUCAUUGCUAAGAACACGGCACAAAGUAUGUGGAAAACGUACAUUAAACAGCGCUGGCCGCUGUUUGAAUCUCUAGCGGAGCAACCCGAUUGUUAUAAACUCUAUGGCGCCCUGAUGUCGUCGUGCUUUUGUCGUACGUGUCUCAUUGAGCUGGGCAGCCAAUCACCGCCCAUGGAUGGCGAGCAUGGCAACGUGAUACGCAACAACUUUUUGCGCGGUGAAGCGAAUCUGCUGAACAGUUACGAAUCCGAGGGCAUUUCGGCCAUUCCACUGGAUCGCCUCAAUAACUAUUGGCAGGCUACGAUUCUGGGACCUCCUGGAAGUCCCUAUGAAGGUGGCAAAUUCUUUUUAUUUAUCUACUUUCCGGAGCGUUAUCCAAUGGCACCGCCGACGGUGCGUUUCCUAACCAAAAUACUGCAUCCCAAUGUGUCGCGUCAUGGCGAUGUGGGCAUCGAUAUCUUUCAGCAGCAAAACUGGUCAUUGGCCUUGAAUGUGGCCAAAGUGCUGUUGUCAGUGCAGAGUCUGUUAACUGAUCCAUACACUGAGGUCUGCAUGGAACCCGAGUUGGGUUACAUAUACGAGCAUGAGCGUUGUCGCUUUGAGCAGCUUGUGCGCUCAUGGACUUGGAAGUAUGCGAUGCUGGAGCUGAUGACGCCACGCUAAGCAAAUCAGAGAGGCGAUGAAAGAGCCUGUAGUUUGGACUGAAUAAUGUUGGAAACAGAAUAGAA